GUGGUGGUGCUACUGGGGGUGGUGGUGCUACUGGAGGUGAUGGAAGGAGAAGCCCGCCUCGAGAUAAAAUCAAGAUUUGCCUGUUCUUCCUCGAAGGCAACUGUAUCCACCCCAGAGAAAAAUGUUUCGGAGCCCAUUACAGUCUGCCUUACAGCUGGGAAGUUCUGGAGGGCAAUCAGUGGACGCUGCUGGAUAGCUCAGAGAAGAUAGAAGAGGAUUACUGUAACCCCAAAAAAACAUAUAGCACGGUCGAUGUAGAAGCGGUGUGCUUUGGCACCAUGACGUGUGGACUCCAGAAGGCCAGGCGUCUCUCCUCCAUCUCCUCAGUCCUCAUGCCUACCCUCCUACUCGCCACUGAGUGGCUCUGGUACUGGGAGGAAGGGAAUGGGAACUGGAACCAGUACGAUUCACCGCCCAACAGCAGCACAGAGCUGGAGCAGAAGUUCCAGAACGACCCCCAGGAGGUGGUGGAGUUCACCGCAGGGUCCCAUGCCUACACACUCAGCCUCCAGGACAUGAUCCAGACCAAUAAGAGACACGGCACCAAGAGGCUGGUGAGGCGACGGCCUCGCUUCCUGUCCUCUGACGACGUGCAGGACAUCAGGACAAGUAAAAGCCCUCCAAAUGGUCCACCAAAUGUCCAAGCUUUUCCCAGACACUGGGACAAGACCCAGGUUCCUGAUAUUGGAUACAAGAAAGUACUGCUGCAAGAUUCAUCAACAGAAUACAAGGAGGUGGAGACACUGUUUCGUCAGACGAUGACCGCCUUUGACAUCGUGAAGAUCGAGAGAAUUCAGAACAAGUGUCUCUGGGACCAAUUUCAGUUGCAAAGGGAACAAAUGAAGAAAAGGAAUGGGGGCCGUAGUGUGGCCGAGAGGAAGCUGUUCCACGGCACAGACUCCAAGUUCAUCAACGCCAUCUGCUGUUCGAACUUUGACUGGCGGAUCUGUGGAACCCACGGGACCUCCUACGGCAAGGGCAGUUACUUUGCCCGGGAUGCCAGCUACUCCCACAAAUACACCGGGCACACCUCGACGGUCCACUCCAUGUUCGUGUCCCGGGUGCUGGUGGGUCACCACACCCGGGGCGCGGCCGGCUACGUGCGCCCGCCCUCCAAGGACGGCGGGGACACCCUCUUCUAUGACAGCUGCGCCAACAACAUCCACUCACCCUCCAUCUUUGUCGUCUUCGACCGGCCUCAGAUCUACCCGGAGUUCCUGCUCACGUACAAGGAGAAGGCUGCGGUCAUGGACAACUUGUGGUCCGGGUUACUGAUCGCCGUCGCCGCCGCACCGGUGGUAAUACCCACACCUGUGGUGAUACCCACGCCUGUGGUGAUAUCCACGCCUGUGGUGAAACCCACGCCUGUGGUAAUACCCACGCCUGUGGUGAAACCGACGCCUGUGGUGAUACCCACGCCUGUGGUGAUACCCACGCCUGUGGCGAUACCCACGCCUGUGGCAAUACCCACGCCUGUGGCGAAACCGACGCCUGUGGCGAUACACACGCCUGUGGCGAUACCCACGCCUGUGGCGAUACCCACGCCUGUGGCGAUACCCACGCCUGUGGUAAUACCCACGCCUGUGGUGAAACCUACGCCUGUGGUGAAACCGACGCCUGUGGUGAUACCCACGCCUGUGGCGAUACCCACGCCUGUGGCGAUACCCACGCCUGUGGCAAUACCCACGCCUGUGGCGAAACCGACGCCUGUGGCGAUACACACGCCUGUGGCGAUACCCACGCCUGUGGCGAUACCCACGCCUGUGGCGAUACCGACGCCUGUGGUGAAACCGACGUCUGUGGCGAUACCGACGCCUGUGGCGAUACCCACGCCUGUGGCGAUACCCACGCCUGUGGCGAUACCCACGCCUGUGGCGAUACCAACGCCUGUGGCGAUACCCACGCCUGUGGCGAUACCCACGCCUGUGGCAAUACCCACGCCUCCUGUGGUGAAACCCAAGCCUGUGGUGAAACCCAAGCCUGUGGUGAAACCCAAGCCUGUGGUAAUGCCCACUCCUGUGGUGAAACCCACGCCUGCACCCAGAACCAAGCCCCCGCAGCAGUUCACUGGCGCUUUCUCGUACUUGAAUGGCGUCCCUCUGCCACAGCCCUUCCGCCCCCUCACAACAGCCCUACCCAGCCCCCCCCCGCCCACGUCUGUGCCCAGAACCAAGCCCCCGCAGCAGCUCACUGGCGCUUUCUCGUACUUGAAUGGCGUCCCUCUGCCACAGCCCUUCCGCCCCCUCACAACAGCCCUACCCAGCCCCCCCCCGCCCACGUCUGUGCCCAGAACCAAGCCCCCGCAGCAGCUCACUGGCGCUUUCUCGUACUUGAAUGGCGUCCCUCUGCCACAGCCCUUCCGCCCCCUCACAACAGCCCUACCCAGCCCCCCCCCGCCCACGUCUGUUCCCAGAGCCACGCCCGCACAUCGCAUCCCUGGCGCUUUCUCGUACUUCCCGCCGCCACACUCUGCCCCCUAA